AUAAAAGCGAGGAAAACCUUGGUUUAGAGUGGGUAAAAAGGAAAUAUGGCUGCAGCAACUAAAUCUGUGUUGAUUGUUUUUUCUCUUUUGUUAUUGCUAAGCUUCAGUCUUGCUCACCGGGUUCCACCUUCUCCUAAGGAAAAUGAAGAGACUCACAUGGGUGAUCCUCAUGAAGUAGUUGGAAUUGGGUCAGGAAAUGGGGGUGGGAAUGGUGGAACAGAGUUUGGGUCUAGGUUUGGGUCGGAGUCUGUGUCUGUAUUCGGUGCUGGUGGUGGUGGAGGUAGUGGGUCUGGCAGUGGUAGUAUUGGGCAGGGAUUCGGCACCGGAGAUGAAAUGGGUGGCUGUCCUAUGCCCAAUAUUCUGACUGGAGCCCUCCUACCAGCACUACUAGGAGGCCUACAAGGAGGGAUACUGGGAGCCCAAGAAGGGAUACCAGGAGCCAUACUAGGACUAGGAGCCCAAGGAGGGCUGCAAGGAGGAGGUAGUUCAUGGUUGAGGCAGAUUAUUCCUUACUUAAAGGGAAGCCAUCUCGAUUUUUUAAAAACCUAUGGAACGUCUGUUUGUCCUGCAGGAUGCGUUCCCAACCCACUUCCAUCUCAGACUGCAGAACAGAGGGGGGAGCCCUCAAAAGAAGCCCAGAAAGUUGUGGAGCCUAAGAAGGUCACAAGUGCAGCCAAUGAAGCACAGGAACCUAUGCCCGAUGAUAUGUUGGAUCUCAAAAACAAGCCCCAGAGUAUCCGUCCAUGAUAAAUGGAUGGACUAAAGAAUGUCAGCCACAGUGGGCACAAAAUUGUUAAGCCAUAGGUAUUUUCUAUUUCAGUGUACAAGUCACUUUGAAUAAAGACUACAUUGGAACCUACGUGCAGAAGAGGGUGCCACCAUAGAGGUGCAAUGGAGCUCGGGAGCCCAAGUCCAUUGAUCUCAGAAACAACCUUCGACGUAUCCAUCCAUGAUAAAUAUAUGGACCUAAGGAUCCGGGCCAGUGGUCCACAGUAGUAUAGUACUUCAUCUAAAGACAUACCUAUGACUAUGAUAUCAGUGUACUAGUUAGUCAUUUCAAUAAAAACACUGGAAUCUCUACUUCCAAGGUCUAGU